AUGUCCGGGCGCGACGAGCCCCUCCUCGCCCGCCCUACAUCACCCCAGUCCUCAACACAAGAUCUCGCCGAAGAAGACGCGCUUCUCACGGGCCAGCCUACGGCGCGAUCGGAAGACAAGCGGCACAAAUGGCGGGAAAUCGGGCUCUUCACGUGGGCGCUCUUCGCUACGGCUGCCGUCAUCAUUCUUGCUGUCGUGGCGCAGCAUCAGAAAGAGGCCUUGCGGCAUCCGAAUGACCCUGGAUGGGGAGAAGACGGCAAGCCGUCGGGAAAGCGGAACUUGAUAUUCAUGGUGUCGGACGGCAUGGGCCCAACAUCACUGGCGUUGACCAGGAGUUACAGGCAGUACGCUGGAGGACUGCCGAUAGACGAUAUCCUGGUGCUGGAUAAGCAUGUUAUCGGCACAUCGAGAACACGAAGUUCAAGCAGCUUGGUCACAGAUUCGGCAGCUGGAGCGACAGCAUUCUCUUGUGGGUUCAAGAGCUACAAUGGCGCCAUCUCAGUUCUGCCGGACCAUACACCUUGCGGAACAGUCCUCGAGGCAGCAAAGAAAGCCGGCUAUAUGACCGGCUUGGUCGUCACAACACGACUGACAGAUGCGACGCCGGCAUGCUUUGCCGCUCACGCCAAUCGUCGAGAAUACGAAGACCUGAUAGCGGAGCAGAUGAUCGGCCACUAUCCGCUAGGCCGUGUCGUCGACGUGAUGAUCGGUGGCGGACGAUGUCACUUCCUACCCAACACAACCGAAGGCUCCUGUCGCGCAGACGACCGAGACGUGGUCGCCAUGGCCAAAGACAAUGGCUUCCACUACAUCUCCUCCCGCUCCGAGUUCGACACGCUCAACGCCAAAGGUGGCGUUAAGCUCCCACUCCUUGGCUUGCUCGCCGACACCGACAUUCCUUACGAGAUCGACCGCGCUCACGUCGAGGACAUCUACCCCAGCGAAGCUGAAAUGGCGAAACUUGCCCUCCACGCCCUAUCCGCCGCGACCAAGGACUCAGAGAAGGGCUUCUUCAUCAUGAUCGAAGGCUCCCGAAUCGACCACGCCGGUCACGGCAAUGAUCCCGCCGCACAAGUCCAUGAAGUCCUCGCCCACGACAAGGCAUUCGCCACCGUGCUCGACUUCCUCGACAAAGACGAUACGCCUGGCGUCCUGGUGAGCACGUCCGACCACGAAACCGGCGGACUCGCCACCGCACGCCAACUCACCCAUGACUACCCGCACUACUACUGGUUUCCCGGCGUGCUAGCCAAUGCUUCGCACUCGGCAGAGUAUGGCGCGCAGAAAUGGCACCAGUUUCUUGACUCAGCUGCUGCGUCAACAGCCACGACAGCCACCAAACGCAGCACUGUCGAAGCAAUUAUCAAGGACGACCUUGGCAUCGUGGACUAUACCAGCGAGGAAGUCACCUCCAUUCUUGAAGCCGCACCAAAUUGGCCACCCAGCUACCUCUUCGCGGAUAUGAUCUCCCGCCGCGCGCAGAUUGGCUGGUCCACGCACGGGCAUAGUGGGGUUGACGUCAAUAUUUACGCCUCCUCGCCUAAGCAUGCUCCUCAAUUGGUGGGUAACCACGAGAAUAUUGAGGUGGGCCAAUUUUUGGCGAGUUACUUGGACGUAGAUGUUGAGGCUGUGACGGCGGAGUUGAGGAGUAAGCAUGUCAAGACGGGGGAUUCGGGAUUGGGACUUCCAGAAGUGGCGGAGGCGGAGUUGAAGAGUCUUUUCCCGGAUGAAGAGAGUGCGGGUGAUUAUGCAUGGAUGGGUCCGCCUGGCUUGCCGAAUAACGACAAUGGGCAGCUGGCGGUGUUGGACAACUAUCAUGGGGAUUUUAAGCAUAGGAAGAGGGAGGCGGAAGGGGACGGGUGUGGGUGUGGGUUGAUGCACUGA